AUGUCCGAUCAGCAGAAGGGGUUGGCUAAGGCUUUGCAUGAGGUAAUGCCACAAGCUCAUCAUAGAAAUUGUGUCCUACACAUAUGGAAAAACUUCAUCAAAAACUUUAAGGACAAGCAAACAAAAGGACUAGUUUGGAAGGCUGCUAAGAGCACAACAAUGAGAGAAUUCAAGGACUCAAUGGAGCUUGUAAAGAAGGUGAAUAAGGAUGCUUGGGAGUAUCUACGAAAAUUUGAUCGUGAUACAUGGACCAAGGCUUACUUUAGCCACGGCCCCAAGUGUGACAAUAUAACUAACAAAAUGUGCGAAGUUUGGAAUGUCAAGAUCGUGGAGUACAGGGACAAACCAAUUUUAACUAUGUGCGAAGAGUUUCGAAGCUACAUUAUGCGAAAGAUGGCAGGGCACAAGCAUAGGUUAAGCAAGUGCAAUAGUAAAUUGGCUCUAGUUCAACAAUUAAGGCUGGAUGAGUACAUCAUCUCUGAGAGCAACAAGUGGACGACAGAAUGGGUUGGAGAUGAAGGCAGAGUAUUAUUUGAAGUCCAGAGAUACCAAACAAGAGUGGCUGUCAAUUUACAAAGACAAACAUGUGCUUGCAAUGUUUGGUUGCCAUGCAAACAUGCAGUAUCUGCUAUAUCAAUGUUAAGGAAACAACAACUGAGGCCAGAGGAUUUUUCACACAAAUGGCUUACAAUGAAAGUCGUAAGGGCUACUUAUGGGGACUCAAUAAAGCCAGUAAACUUUGAAGAGUUUUGGGAGGAAACCAACAGGCUGCGUCCAGAGGCACCAAUAAUUAAGAGACCCCCUGGGAGACCAACCAAAAAAGGGUUGUUGAUGUGGUGA